GUCUUGUCUCCCAACGAUCCAUUUACUUAAUUUGCCCCUUUUCAGCCUUUUUGCAGUCCUUCCGCAUUUUCUUCUUUGAGCAACCACCCAGCCGCCCCUGAACACGACCAACGACAUCUGCCAACUCACAUCUCCACAAUGGCCGCAGCCCUCUCUGGAUUGUCCGCCUCUGUGACGCGUAUUCUCUACCUCACAGGCUUCCCAAAGGAACUCAAGACGAAGGAUAUCCAGUCCACCUUCUCCGAUUAUGAAAACCUGAACGGUGGUUUCAAGAUUAAGUGGAGGGACGACACCAGCCUCCUCAUCGUGUUCAAUGACCCCAGCAUAGCUAAAAGAGCCUACUUGCACACGAUUGCAUAUCCCCCGCCCAUCCUCAACGGGGCCAGCAUCCGACCCUAUGACGGCCCAGACGCACAGAGCGUUAUCCAAGCAGUCAAUGCUCGCUCACAGCACCACUCGAACGCCUCACGCUCACAUAAUGCCCGGGCAGCAUCCAUCUCAGUCAUCCCUGGCGGCCGUGCCAAUCAGUCUGGGUCUUCCAACCACCGCCAUACCAAUCACGGCAACGGUCCCGCCUCCCAUGUCUCGAUCCCGGAACAUCCAGGCACAAGUGCAGCAACGACAGGUGGAAGGGAGCCGUCCCCCACGCUCCCAAACCUCCCUUCACACCCCACAUUGAAUGCGUUGAUCAGCUCGUCACUCGGGGAGGCCGCCUUGGUUCACUCGGACCCUGCGAUCUUGGCUGCCAGCUUGCAGUCGUCUGUUUCGGCCUCAAGCGGCGAAUCGAACACGAGCGCAAUCGGUCCAAGGAUUGGAGACCCUGGAAAGAGGAUGCUGGGAGCUGCAUUGGGCGUCAGACACCCUGGAUUGGGUGGGCGAGUGAAUGGGAGUAACAACACUAGCAGCAACGCAAGCCCUGCAGGGCAAAGCGGCGUGGAUCUACCGAGGGCCAUGAGUGCUCUCAUUGUUGCGGACUCCUAA